AUUUUUGCCUAUCUCAAUUGGAACUGCCCAGUUUCACGAGCACAAAUAGCAGAAAUCCUUCUAAAUGGCUUGAAAAGGCUCGAAUAUCGUGGCUACGAUUCAUCUGGUAUUGCUAUUGACUCCACUAUCCAAAUGAAAAAUUAUCAUAAUGGAUUCGAAAAUUCUGAAGGAAAUAACUUGUUACCCUCUGAAACUGUGCUUAUUAAUCUGGUGCGCAGGAGAGGGAAGGUUGCUAUCCUGGUUGAUGCAGUAGAAAGCUUGCUAAAGUCAACUGAUGGGACUGUUGUUUUUGACUGCCACAUUGGAAUUGCCCACACUCGUUGGGCAACCCAUGGGGAACCAAAUGAAGUGAAUUCUCAUCCGCAACCUUCGGAUUCGAAUAAUGAGUUUCUUGUUGUUCACAAUGGCAUAAUCACUAAUUAUGGCAAUAUAAAGGCCUGGCUUGUAAGUAUUUGA